AUGAUCUCUGGGUUAAGAUGGUUGAAGAAGCUAAAUCCGACGUUGAGCAAGAACCCAUUCUCUCAAGCUACUAUCACAUCCCAUCGAUCCUUAAACUCCGCUUUAGCCAACAUUCUCUCCGUAAAGCUCAACACUUUAACCUUAACAAGAAACACCCUCUUCGAAUUAUUCAUCAGCGUCUUAGAAGAAAGCCCAGAGAUCAUCGAAUCAGUUAAGCAAGACCUAAAAGCAGCCAAGGAAAGAGACCCUGCUUGCUUAAGCCACGUCCAUGCCUUCCUAACCUUCAAAGGCUUCCUCGCUUGCCAAGCUCACCGAAUCGCUCACAACCUCUGGACGCAAGACAGAAAGAUCCAACACAGAGUAUCCGAAGCUUUCGCCGUCGAUAUCCAUCCCGGAGCGAUGAUCGGGAAAGGGAUUCUGUUGGAUCACGCGACGGGAGUGGUGAUCGGAGAGACGGCGGUGGUUGGAGACGACGUUUCGAUUCUCCACGGCGUGACGCUCGGAGGAACCGGGAAACAGUGCGGCGAUCGGCAUCCGAAGAUCGGCGAUGGAGUUUUGCUCGGCGCCGGGAGUUGUGUGCUGGGGAAUGUUACGAUCGGGGAAGGAGCUAAGAUUGGAUCGGGGUCGGUGGUGGUUAAGGACGUGCCGCCGCGUACGACGGCAGUUGGAAAUCCGGCGAGGCUGAUAGGUGGGAAAGAGAAUCCGGAAUUGGUUGAGAAGGUUCCCGGUUUGACUAUGGACCAGACUUCUUAUUUAACCGACUGGUCUGAUUAUGUCAUCUAAUUAUUUCCAAUUAAUGUGAUUUUAAAAGUCUUAAACCAACAUUUU